AUGGUUCAAAAUUAUCAAGAUGCAAUAGCAAUAUGCAGAUUCAUGGGUCCUCCUGAUCUUUUUAUUACUUUCACAUGCAAUUCUAAUUGGCCAGAAAUCAGCAAGGGUAUAAGUUUGAUCCCUGAUCAGAAAGUUGUGGAUCGACCUGAUAUCGUUGCACGUGUUUUUCACAUAAAAUUAGAUCAAUUGAUGAAUGAUUUAACACAUGGACAGCAUUUUGGCAAGGUGAUGGCAGCCGAAUUGCUAGAUAAGAAUACUGAUCCAAUAGCUUAUGAAGCAGUUUUACAAUUUAUGUCACACGGACCAUGUGGACCAGCUAAUACAAGGUCACCGUGUAUGGAAAAUGGAAAGUGCAGUAAACAUUAUCCCAAAUAUUUUCAGACUGAAACAAUAAUUGAUGAAAACGAUUUUCCAGUAUACAGGAGAAGGGACAAUGGACGAGAAGGUAUUAAAGCUGGUGUGAAAAUUGAUAAUCGAUGGAUCAUUCCUCAUACUGUUGAUUUGGUUGUCAAAUAUUGGGGACAUGUUUGUGUUGAAUUGUGCAAUCAGGGCAGGUCUAUAAAAUAUUUAUUCAAAUAUGUGAAUAAAGGAUAUGAUAGAGCCACUUUUGUCAUUGAGGAAAAUGAUGCAACUGAUGGACAGAGUGGAACACGAGUUGUUCGUGAAGUGGAUGAGAUAAAAAGAUAUCUAGAUUGCCAAUAUAUAUCAGCAUCAGAGGCUUGCUGGAGAAUUUUUUAUUUUGACAUCCAAUAUCGGAGUAUUGCCGUUCAAAGAUUAAAUUUUCAUCUUCCAAAUGAACAGCCAGUGCUAUUUGGUGAUAAUGAUCCUUUGGAUGAAGUAUUAAACAGAGCAGAAGAACAUAGUACAAUGUUCAUUGAAUGGAUGAAAACGAAUUCCAUAGAUACAUCUGCUCAACAGUUGACUUAUGCAGAUUUUCCUACACAAUGGACAUGGAAAAAGAAGCUGAGAAAAUGGGUUAAACGGAAGUCUGGUCGAUCAAUAGGUAGAAUUUUUUAUGCUCAUCCUUCAACUGGAGAAAGAUUCUACUUACGCAUGUUAUUGAACAUUGUCAAAGGUCCAAGAUCAUUUGAGGAGAUUAGGACAAUUAACGGAGUCGUGCAUCCAACGUUUAAAGCGGCAUGUCAAGCGUUGGGAUUAUUGGGUGGUGAUGAAGAAUGGCAUAAUGCUAUAAGAGAAGCAGCAAAUUGGCAAACAGGUCAGCAAUUACGUGAAUUAUUUGUGACCAUGUUAUUAUUUUGUGAGGUAUCUAAUCCAUUAGAUUUAUGGGAGAAAAAUUGGGAAUUUCUUUCUGAUGACAUAUCCUAUCGACAACGUCGUAUACUCGGAGAUAAUUUUAUAUCUUUCAGUGAUUCCCAAAUAAAGAAUUAUGCACUUUAUGAAAUUGAAAAAAUUCUCAAUCGAAAUAGUAGAAGUUUGAAAGAAUUUCCUGGAAUCCCAUUUCCUGAUAUGCUAUUGGAUAAUGAUAAUCGAAAUCGGUUUAUUAUUGAGGAAUUGAAUUAUAAUAGGGAAAUUCUUGCACAAGAACACUUUCAACUACGAAGUGGGUUGAAUGAGCAACAGCUACAAGUGUAUAAUGCAGUCAUUCAUGCUGUUGAUUAUGGUCUCGGUGGUCUCUUUUUUGUUUAUGGUAGUGGAGGAACAGGAAAGACUUAUUUGUGGAGAACUAUAAUUGCUCGAUUACGUUCACAAGGCAAAAUAGUUUUGGUGGUAGCAUCUUCUGGUAUAGCUUCUCUAUUGCUGCCUGGUGGAAGGACAGCUCAUUCGAGAUUUAAAAUUCCUAUAAUUAUAGACGGUGAUUCUACUUGCGCAAUAUCACAGGGAUCACAAUUGGCUGAGUUAAUUUGUAAGGCAUCAUUGAUUAUUUGGGAUGAAGCUGUAAUGUUACAUCGAAAUAUUUUUGAAGCGGUUGAUAGAACAUUUAGGGAUAUCUUACGCUUUCAUGAUCCUGACUCUGCGCACAAAGUUUUUGGUGGCAAAACUAUGUUACUUGGUGGUGAUUUCAGGCAAAUUCUUCCUGUUGUACCCAAAGGGGGUAGAACUGAAAUUGUUGCUUCAUCAAUUAAUCGAUCUUCUUUGCUUUGGGGUCAUUGUCAUUUAUAUCUAUUAUCUUUGAAUAUGCGUAUACGAGGUAAUGACAUGCAUUCAGAUUCUGUUGAAAGUUUAGAAGAAUUCAGCAAAUGGAUUUUAGAUUUGGGUGAAGGAAAAUUACCAGCUAUUUCCUUUGAUGAUGAAGACGAAUCUACUUGGAUAGAGAUUCCUGAUGAUCUACUCAUUCCUCAGGAUACUGACUGCAUACACCGCAUUAUUGAUAGUACGUAUCCUGAUCUAUUGGCUAAUUAUAAUAAUGCUUCAUAUCUUCGCAAUAGAGCUAUUCUUGCCCCGACCAAUGAUGUUGUUGAUGAAGUAAAUUCUGUUAUUCUAUCAUCCAUUCCUGGCCAUUCCAGGAUAUACUUAAGUGCUGAUAGAAUCUGUCCCACCUCUGAUUGCGGACUUGAGCAAGCUUCUUUAUACCCGGUUGAGUUUUUGAAUACACUUAAAUUCUCUGGAAUUCCAAAUCAUUCAAUUGAGUUAAAGGUUGGAAUUCCAAUUAUUCUGCUACGCAAUAUGAAUCAGAGUCGGGGUCUGUGCAAUGGUACACGGUUGAUAAUUACAAAUCUGGGAGAUAACAUCAUAGAAGCUGAAAUGAUUACAGGGUCAAGUAUAGGGACAAGAUUUUUCAUUCACAGGAUUGACAUGACUCCUACGGAUUCAAAAUGGCCUUUUGUGAUGAUUCGACGUCAGUUUCCUAUUAAGGUUUGUUUUGCUAUGAUAAUAAAUAAGAGUCAAGGCCAAACUUUUGAUAACGUUGGAGUGUACUUGACAAAACCUGUAUUUAGUCACGGCCAAUUAUACGUUGCUGCUUCUCGAGUAACCUCCCGUCAAGGAUUGAAGUUUUUGAUCAAGGAUGAUCGAAAUCCGGAAAAUCGUCGUACAAGAAAUAUUGUUUAUCGAGACAUAUAUGAUAAUUUACGCAUUGUAUUUAGUUUAGAUACCUAUAUGCAAUUAUUUUAUAAGUUGGUGAAUUUUGGUAGCAGACACAAGUUCGUUACAAUGAAUUCAAGCCACAAGCUCUUGAAUCAGUUGACUGUGGGAUUUGAUUCGAAGAAAAUCAAGGUUAGAGUGACGCGCAUGUGGGAUGCCAUUAACACAAAUACUGGUGAUGUGUUUGCUCUUGAAAUGGUACUACUCGAUGAAAAUGAUAAUCAUAUGGUGGCUAUUGUACCAAAAAAUUUGGUACAAAGUGGUGAAAGCAUUAAUGUCACAUUAUGGGGAACAACAUCGAAUCAGUUCAAUGAUGAGAAUAUUUUGGUGUCUGAUCAACCAUUAGUGUUGGUGAUCUCUUCAGUGACAGUUAAACAAUUCAGAGAUAAAAUUGUUAUUAGCAUUGAUAUCACUGCUCCUCAAACUAUUGAGGUUUUACAUCCUCCAAAAACGCGAGAAGCUAUACAGCAACUAAUGUUCAAGAAUCGAAAAUUUUUAUCAGAGAUAUAUCAGAUAAUGGCCGGUGUUCAAACAGAGGAAUUGGUUUACACUUCCAAAGUGACAAUUCUGAAAGUUGAUUUCAAUAGUCAACUGCACUACAAAGCAUAUCCAAAAUGUCAGAGAAAAGUGACAUUAGAAGGAUCUAAUUUUGUGUGCAAUGCUUGCAAUCAAAAUGUGGAGUAUCUUAAAUUGAGGUAUAUGUUAAAAGUCUUGGCAAGUGAUGCAACCGGUAGUGCUUGGUUUGUUAUAUUUGAUCAAGAGGCUGAAAGAAUAAUAGAACACAAACUUUCUUUUGUUCUUGAAGAAUUUAACAAGGACAAGGACGCUGCCGACAAACAUGUAAAGACCAAUCAGAGGUUACUAUCGGCAACCUUUUCUGAUUUGCCAGCUCCCCUCUUCGAAUGGGAGAAGAUGGCCCCUGCCCCCGUCCCUCGUCUUGACGGUGCGGCCAUUCACAUUGGCCAUCUCCUUUAUGUCUUUGUCGGAUACGUGACCAUUGAUUAUGUAAAAGCUUCGAGGAAAAGCAUGCAGCAUGCAAAUGGAGGAGCAAAGUGA